CAUUACACCAAGCACAGCACGAAUACGGUACUACGAUCCGCAACACCAAGGCAACCUCAACCACCCUUCGAAACGGGGCAGCAAGCAACGCACAAGAUCCACACACCACUCCACAACACUCCACCUCACCAAGACAUGGCGGCGCCAAUCGCAACAAAACGACACCGACGAAAACGCCGCUUCCGCCCCGGGGCAGCGGGACUCGCCCAGACGCUGGUGGCCCUCGUGCUGCUCCGCAACGCCCUCUCGGGAGGGCCCGGCGUGGUGGACGCCUUCGCGGGGCCCUGUUCGCACCUUUCUCUGGCGAAGGUGCGGGGCAGCUUCCAUGCCGCCGCACCGGCCACCACGCUCGCCAACCAGCCGGCAGUCGCAACGGCCACCGCCGCCAAGGCGCCGGUACCCGCGAGCCCCACGCUGCUGCGGUCGUUCUCGGCCGCCGGGGGCAUCGGCGCGGCCGUGAAGGGCCUCCACUCCAGCACCGGCUUUGUCCUGACCGCCGUCCUGUGGCUGUCGACCCUCGGGGCCUCCCUCGAGCGGCGCUCCAAGAUCGGAAAGGCCCUCUCCGCCCCCCUGGUCACCAUGGCCCUGAGCCUCUCCGCGGCCAACCUCGGGGCGAUCCCCUUCCGGUCCCCCGUCUACGACUUCGUCAACCGCCUCCUGGUGCCCCUGGCGGUCCCCCUGCUGCUCUACGACUCGGACCUACGGCGGGUGGUCCGCGACACGGGGACCCUCCUGGCGGCCUUUUGCGUCGGGGCCUUCUCGACGGUCCUGGCGACCCUGGUGGCCUUUCCCGUGGUCCCCCUCCGGAGCCUCGGGCCGGACGCCGGCUGGCGGGUCGCCUGCGCCCUGGCGGCGAGGCACAUCGGGGGGGCGAUCAACUUUGUCGCGGUGGCCGAGACCCUGGGCAUCGGCGGGGACGCCGUCGCCGCGGCCAGUACGUUUCUGUGGUGGUUGCGGCUGUUGUUGUUGUUGUUGUUGUCGUUGUUGUUGCUGCUGCUGCUGCAAGCCUGUGCCGGAUGCCGUUUUGUUUGUGUUGGCUUUCUCCGUGCCCGUCCCGUCCUCCAUGCUCAACCUUCUUUUCUCUUUCUUUCUCUCUUUUUGGUUCUCUCUUGUCUCUGGUGACACUCCCCACAGUUGCCGCCGACAACGUGGUGGUGGCCCUGUAUUUUGCGUUUUUGUUUUCGAUCGCCAAGGCCGGCGAGGAAGGCGAAACGGCCGACCCGGCCGACAGCGGCGGGGAGGGAGCCGCCAUCUCCGAGCUCGCGGUCGAGGACGAGACCGCUCCGUCCACCAUCACGCUCCCCUCCCUCGCCAUCUCCUUGUCGGUCGCCUCCUCGCUGGUCACGGCCGGAUCCUUCCUGACCAGGGCCCUGCUCCCGGCGGGAACCUCCUCCCUGCCCCUCAUCUCCGCCCUGACGGUGGUGGCGGCGACGAGCUUUCCGGCCUUCUUCUCGGCCCUCAGCGAGACCGGAACGGCCCUGGGGGUGAUCUUCGUCCAGAUGUUCUUUGCCUGCUCCGGCGCCGCCGGGUCGAUCAAGAUGGUCUUCGAGAAGGCCCCGGCCCUCUUUGCCUUUUCGGCACUCCAGAUCGGGGUGCACUUUGCGACCCUCGUGGCGGUGGGCCGGGGAAUCUUCCGCCUCCCGAGCCGCGAGCUCUACCUGGCCAGCAACGCCAACGUGGGCGGGCCCACGACGGCGGUGAGUCCUUUCCCUCCCGUUGCGGGUUUUGCGUUGCUGCUCCGCCGCUUUGCCACGGGGGCCUUUCUGGCUGCUUGGUCUCCUCACCCUUCGCUGCUCGCCGUUUGUUUCUCCUUUUGUUUUUGUUGUUGGUUUGCUACGGUGGUCUAGGCGGCCAUGGCGCAAGCGAAGGAAUGGAAAAAGCUGGUCCUGCCGGCCUUGCUGAUCGGGAUUUUAGGGUACGCCACGGCCACGGCCCUCGCGCUGAGUUUGGGUCCGAUUCUAUUGAGGAUAGUGCGGUAAACAAACUCUCUCUAUUGCUUUUAUCAAGAACGAGGAACGAACAAAAGUACUAUAAUGUU